AUGCCCUGGCCCCUGCUGAGUGACUUAUCCGGACUGCUCCUCCUGCUCCUGUUCGCCUUCCUCGGCCCGCCGUCCUCGGAGGCCCAGUUUCGUCCCAUGGCCCCCUUCCCGUUCCCCGUUGCCGAUCCCGAUCCCGAUCUGCGACUGGUGCUCUUCAACCCCUUCACUGGCCAGCGGCUGGAGCCGCUGCGCCACCCGGCCCUCCUGCGGGCCGGCGGAGAGCCGACGGUGAACGGAAACCUCGUGGAGCUGCCGCAGCUGUGGCAGCCCUGCUCCUGCGGCGAGUUCUCCUGCCGCUGCUGCGUGGGCGUGGCUCUGGGGCUGGGCGGCUCCCUCAGUCAGCGGCUCUGCGCCGCCCUCGAGUACAGCCAGGCGGACCUCGGGCUGCGGCUCAGCGUCGAGCUUAACCAGCGGACGGUGGCCGCCUUCGGGCUCUCCGCCCGCAACCCACCCGACUACUGCGUGCCGCUCCUGCUGCCCCUGCCGCUCUUCAGCUGCUUGCGGCUCCACGACAUCCGGCCGCUCGGCGAGGGCACCAUGCAGGUCUGCCUGUCGGUGGUCUUCAAGGUUCUGUCCAGCCAGUUCUUCGAGUACCGGUUCAACUGCCUUCGGCUCGGCGCCAACGGGGUCUUCUUCGAUCGCGACGCUCAGCAGGAUCGGGAGCAGGAUCCGGAAGCGGUGCAGCUGGGAUCCGAAACUAUGGCGGUGCAGGAAUCGCCUGGGCAGCGCGGCAACGCGCCCAACAACAAGCUGGCCGGUGGGAGCCGCUUCCCCUUCCACGCCCUAUAA